AUGGAGGUGGUCACGGGCAUGGACAUGCUCUCAGAGUGGACACAGCAGGGCAGGGUGGUGACGGCUGACGUCCUGCAGUUGGCGCGGAUCCUCAUCCUGCACAUGGGCCGAGACUUCCCCUUGGAUGACUGCGGCCGGGCCUUCACCUGCCUCCCCGUGGAGGACCCACAGGCCCCCGUGGAGGCUGUGGUCUGCAACCUGGACUGCUUGCUGGACAUCAUGACCCACCGGCUGGGCCCAGGCUCCCCCCCAGGCGUGUGGGUCUGCAGCACUGACAUGUUGCUCUCCGUGCCUCCAAACCCAGGUGAGCUGGGACCACCCUCCUGAGCCAGAGCCCCGGGCUCCAUCUCUUCCCCUCCGCAGGGUUCCGUUCUGGACAUCUACUACCAGGCCACCAAGGCGGAGAUACAGCGCUGUGCCAGGCCUGAUGGGCGGGUGCCUCUGGUCUCUGGGAUUGCCUUCUUCUCUGCGGAGACUGCCGAGCGCCUCCUGGCCACCCACGUGAGCCCACCCCUGGACGCCUGUACAUACAUGGGCUUGGACUCUGGGGCCCGGCCUGUUCAGCUGUCCCUGUUUUUCGACAUCCUGCUCUGCAUGGCUCGGAACGUGAGCAAGGAGGACUUCCUGGAGGGGCAGCCCCCAGAGAUGGGGCAAGGUGACUCGGACACAGCGGGUUACCUGAAGGCCGCCCGGGCCCAGCUGUGGAGGGAGCUACGUGACCAGCCCCUCACCAUGGCUUACGUCCCCAAUGGCAGCUACAGCUACCUGACUUCCUUCACCAGUGAGCUCCUGCGCAGCCUCACACUCCCCGGUGGCUCCAGGGCCCAGAUCGUGCACUCCCAGGUGGAGGUGCCAGAGCUCCUGAAGGCGGGGAGCACGGUGGUCAGCUGCCUGCUGGAGGGCCCUGUGCGGCUGGGUCCUGGGAGUGUGCUGCAGCACUGCCACCUAAAGGGGCCCAUUAACAUUGGCGCCGGCUGCUUCCUGAGCGGCCUGGACACAGCCCAGUCAGAGGCCCUGAGCAGCGUGGAGCUGCGGGACCUCAGCCUGCGGGGACACCUGGUGCAGUUGCAUGGCUCCCUGGGCCGUGUCUUCACCCUCUCUGGCUCUCUGGACAGCUGGGAGAAACAGGGGACAGGCACAUAUCUCAACAGGCCCUGGAGUGAAUUCUUCAGGAAGACGGGCAUCGGAGACUGGGACCUGUGGGACCCAGACACCCCCCCAGCAGAGCGCUGCCUCCUCAGCGCCCGCCUCUUCCCAGUGCUGUACCCCUCGAGGGUCCUGGGGCCCCAGGACCUGCUGUGGAUGCUGAACCCCCAGGAGGACGGGGGUGAGGCCCUCCGGGCCUGGCGAGCCACCUGGCGCCUGUCCUGGGAGCAGCUGCAGCCAUACCUGGACCGAGCUGCAACGUUGGCUGCCCGCCGGGACCUGUUCUUCCGCCAGGCCCUGUUGAAGGCGCGGCAUGUACUGGAGGUGCGGCAGGACCUCAGCCUGCGCCCACUGAUCCGAGCUGCUGUCCGAGAGGGCUGCCCUGGGCCCCUGCUGGCCACACUGGACCAUGUUGCAGCUGUUGCCCGAGACCCUGGCGUGGCAGCGCGGGCCCUGGCCUGUGUGGCAGAUGUGCUGGGCUGCAUGGCCGGGGGUUGUGGAGGCCUGCGGAGCGGCCCAGCUGCCAACCGAGAGUGGACCCGGCCCUUCUCCUAUCUGGAGGCCGGUGACCUGGCGGGAGGCGUGGAGGCGCUCGCCCAGGAGCGGAACAAGUGGCUGAGCAGGCCAGCCCUGCUGGUGCGCGCUGCCCGCCACUAUGAGGGCGCCGAGCAGAUCCUGAUUCGGCAGGCUGUCAUGUCGGCCCAGUGCUUUGUCUCCACGGAGCCAGUGGGGUUGCCAGCCACUGGGCAGUGGGUGAUGGCUGAGUGCCCCGCCCGUGUGGACUUCUCCGGUGGCUGGAGUGACACACCACCCUUGGCCUACGAGCAUGGUGGGGCAGUCCUGGGCCUGGCUGUGCGAGUGGACGGCCGCCGGCCCAUCGGAGCCAGGGCACGUCGCAUCCCCGAGCCAGAGCUGAGGCUGGCAGUGGGGCCUCGGCGGGACCAGAUGGCAGUGGAGCUCAUGUGCCGGAGCCUGGAUGAGCUGAGGGAUUACUGCCAGCCCCAUGCCCCAGCGUCACUGCUGAAGGCAGCCUUCAUCUGUGCGGGAAUCGUGCGGGUCUGCUCCGAGCACCCGCUCAGCGAGCAGCUGUUGAGUGCCUUUGGGGGUGGCUUUGAGCUGCACGCCUGGUCUGAGCUGCCCCAUGGCUCUGGCCUUGGUACCAGCAGCAUCUUGGCGGGCGCUGCCCUGGCCGCCUUGCAACGGGCUGCCGGCCAAGCAGUAAGCACCGAGGCCCUGAUCCACGCCGUGCUGCACCUGGAGCAGGUGCUCACCACAGGAGGCGGCUGGCAGGACCAAGUGGGUGGUCUGGUGCCGGGCAUCAAGGUGGGGCGCUCCCGGGCACAGCUGCCCCUGAAGGUGGAGGUGGAGGAGCUCGCUGUGCCUGAGGGCUUUGUCCAGACGCUCAAUGACCACUUGCUGCUGGUGUACACUGGCAAGACCCGCCUGGCACGGAACCUGCUGCAGGAUGUGCUGCGGAACUGGUACGCCCGGCUGCCUGCUGUGGUGCAGAAUGCUCACAGCCUGGUGCAGCAGACUGAAGAGUGUGCCAAUGCCUUUCGCCAAGGAAGCUUGCCCCUCCUGGGCCAGUACCUGACCUCGUACUGGGCACAGAAGAAGCUCAUGGCUCCAGGGUGUGAACCCCUGGCCGUACGGCACAUGAUGGACAUCCUGGCACCUCACGUGCAUGGCCAGAGCCUGGCUGGGGCAGGUGGUGGGGGCUUCCUCUAUCUGUUGACCAAGGAGCCACGGCAAAAGGAGACUCUGGAGGCGCUGCUGGCCCAGACAGAGGGUCUUGGGAACUACAGCAUUCACCUGGUAGAGGUGGACACACAAGGCCUGAGUCUGCAGCUGCUGGAGGGGACAACCUGGCCGUAAUCACUCCUACAAGUCUUCUCUGCACAGGGAGAACCCAUUGCUGCAGUGGCCCUGCCUCCCUUCCCCUGGGAAAACCUGCUUCUAAAGG